AUGAUGCUGGCACGUCGCUGCCUCGCGGGCUUCUCCUCGAUCGCCUUCGCGUUCUACGCCAUCUCUCAAAUGGUGCUGGUGGACGCUAGCGCCAUCGUCUUCAUCUCGCCCGUCCUGACCUUCUUUGCGGGUGCCUGCUUCCUGAACGAGCGCAUUGACCCCGUGAGCUUGCUCUCUGCCAUGUUCGCCUUCAGCGGGCUCGUGUUCGUCGUGCGUCCGAGCUUCCUCUUCGCGUUCGAGAGCUCCUGGGAGCCCCAGGCUGAUACGUCCACAGCGUCCUGGGAGUCCCAGGCUGGGACGCCAUUGGGGCCAGGGGUUCGUACGGUCCGCAAGCUGCAGGGCGUGCACGCCUUGGUGGUCGUGAAUUACUUCAUGCUCUCGAGCGCCGUCGUGGCGCUGGGUUGGGUCUUGGCCGUCCAGAAGGUAACCGAAUGA